AUGGCAAAAGCAGAACCUCUCAGUCUGGAGGAGCUUCUAGCUAAAAAGAAGAAGUUGGAGGAAGAAGAGUCUAAGGUAUGUUGUGGCGUACUGUACUGUUUAAUGAAUUUUUUAGCCAAAGUUCUUAACCAAGGCCGAACGAGAAGCCUUGGCAUUGAAGCGAAGACAAGAAGAGGUGGAAAAGAAGAAACAACUGCUGAAAGAGACGGAGGAAAAAAGGAAGAAGUUUGAAGAAGAAGCCGAAAGGUGUAAGUUUAUCCUUUUAUUGUAGUAGACCUGUUUAGGUAAAGAUAAAGAUGAUCGACGGCACAGAGACCGGGAUCGUGAUCGAAGGAGAAGAUCUAGAAGUCGGGAAAGAAGAUCAAGAAGUAGAGAUAGGGAGAGAGAAAGGGAUCGAAGAUCCAGAAGUCCUAGAGACAGAGAGAGGGACCGAGACCGUAGAAGGGACCGAAGUAAAGACAGAGAUGAAAAAAAGCGUAAGGAUAAGGAAGAGAAGACCGAUGAUCUUGUAAUUGACCCAAAGAAGCAGCAAGAGGCAAUCAGAAGCAGGUAUUUAGGUAAGGAAAUGCUUUUAGUUUUAUAUGAGAGUGUUUAGGAGCUCAAAAAGAGAAGAAAAAGAGAGGCAGGAGACUCCAUGAAAGGAAAUUUGUGUUUGAAUGGGAUAACUCCGAAGAUACUUCAGUUGAUUAUGAUAAAUUAUAUCAAGAAAGACAUGAAGUCCAAUUCUUUGGUCGAGGAUCUAUUGCAGGAGUCGACGUUAAUGCCCAGAAGAAACAGAAAUCCGAGUUUUAUCAGACGAUUAUGGAUCAGCGACGGACUGAUGGGCAGAAAGAACAGGAAGAACACAGGUUUGUUAUUCAUUAUAUUACCCUUAAUUUUACUCUUGCAUUUUUUAGAUUAGAACUUGAGCGUAGAAAGCAGAAGAAAGAGGACCAUGACAACAGACAUUGGACCACAAAACCAUUGGCCGAAAUGCAAGACAGGGAUUGGCGUAUCUUCAGAGAGGACUUUAAUAUUACUAUAAAGGGAGGUAAUAUCACGAAGCCCAUCAGAAAUUGGGAAGAAGCUGGCUUGCCGAAAGAAGUCUUAGAUGUUAUCAAGAAAAUAGGGUAUACGGUAAGAAUCCCCGUUUGAUUUUUUACAUUGUGUUAUGUUAUUUUAUUAUUAUAUUUUUUUCAGGAGCCCACGCCCAUUCAAAAACAGGCAAUCCCAAUUGGUCUUCAGAAUCGUGACAUUAUUGGAGUAGCCGAGACUGGUUCGGGUAAAACUGCGGCCUUCUUGAUUCCCCUGUUGGUGUGGAUCACUCAAGUCAGCAAGAAUGAAACCACAGAUCCCAAUCGUCUGACCAUGGAUGUCGAUGAUUUUGAUAGUGGGCCGUAUGCUGUGAUUCUGGCACCAACAAGAGAGCUAGCUCUUCAAAUUGAAGAAGAAGCCCGGAAAUUUGGAGAUCAACUCAAAUUGAGGACAGUCUGCGUGAUUGGAGGUACCAAUAAGGAAGAGCAGGCCAUCAAGAUGAGAAUGGGCGUGGAUGUUGUGAUUGCUACACCGGGUCGAUUGUUAGAUGUUCUGGAGAAUAGAUAUAUUGGGUUAAAUCAGUGCUCCUAUCUGAUUAUGGAUGAAGCUGAUCGUAUGUUGGACAUGGGAUUUGAAGAUGAUGUGAAGAAGAUCCUCGAGUUUAUCCCCGUAACCAAUCUGAAGCCGGAUACGGAUGAAGCUGAAAAUUCGGAAAUGCUGAAAGAAGAUUUUUUCAAGAAGAAUAAGUACAGACAAACAGUCAUGUUCACAGCUACGAUGAGUUCUGAUGUGGAAAGAUUGGCUCGACAGUAUCUUCGAAGACCUGCGAUUGUUUAUAUUGGAUCUGCGGGUAAACCAACAGAAAGGAUUGAACAGAUCGUGUACAUGAUACCAGAAGAAGCAAAGAGGAAGAAGCUCGUCGAAGUCUUGGAGGCCCAUUUCAGACGUUAUGACCCUCCGGUCAUUAUUUUCGUUAAUCAAAAGAAGGGCGCGGAUAUGUUGGCCAAGGGCUUAACCCAAGUCGGAUUCAAUCCAGUCGUUCUUCAUGGUGGAAAGAAUCAAGAAUUGAGAGAGUUCGCCCUCCAGGCCUUAAAGGACGGCUCUAAGAAUAUAUUGGUGGCAACAAAUGUGGCUGGGCGUGGUAUCGAUAUUAAAGAUGUCAGUUUAGUCCUCAAUUACGAUAUGGCCAAGACUAUCGAAGAAUAUACACAUAGGAUUGGAAGGACAGGCAAGUAAAAUGAUGUAAACUAGGCAUUACUUUGAACUCAGUUAUACGGUAACUUUGCUUUUCAGGUCGUGCCGGUAAAAGCGGCCGAGCCAUAACCUUUGUGACUCAAGAUGACCAAGAUGUAUUUUACGAUCUAAAACAAGUGCUAAUGGAAUCUCCUGGGUCAACAUGUCCUCCAGAACUAGCCAACCAUCCAGCCGCUCAACAUAAACCAGGCCAAUUUGUUCCCAAAGGCCGACAAGAGACUCUUUUCAAUUGA